AUGUCGUUGACGAAGCUGCUUCUCCGUCGUGCCGCCACUUCCCGUGCUCGCUCAUCGUCGUCAUUGGCGUCUCGCGCGUUCUCUGACGUCCCUGAUGUAUACUUCGAGGACAUUAGCACGGCCUCUUACCGCAUCCGCGAUGGCAUCCAGCAGACCCAGUGCGAAUACUCGCCGCUACUGUCGCAGCGUAUGGGAAUCGACCUGUACCUCAAGAAGGACCACCGUCAGAUGACCGGAAGCUUCAAGGAGCGUGGUGCCCGCAACGCUCUGCUGCAGUUGACGGACGAGGAGAAGAAGUACGGCGUUGUAGCUGCGUCUGCUGGCAACCACGCACAGGCGCUGGCCUACCACGGCCAGUUGUUGGGAAUUCCUGUGACAUGCGUUAUGCCCAAAGUCGCUCCGCUGACUAAAAUCGCUCGCUGCCGUGAACUUGGAGCGCGUGUUGUGCUACAUGGUGAACACAUUUUGGAGGCGCGUGACAAGGCCGAGGAAUUUGUGCGUGAUGAGAACAUGGUGUACAUCAACGGGUUCGACCGUCCGGAGAUUAUUGCCGGAGCUGGAACUAUGGGAAUUGAGAUUCUGAACCAGGUGCCGGACGUUGAUGCCAUUGUGGUGCCUGUGGGUGGCGGUGGCUUGAUCGCUGGUGUUGCACUCGCUGUCAAGACGCUUGCUCCGAAUGUUCAAGUGAUCGGUGUGGAGCCUGAAUAUUGCUCGAGUUACUCGGCCGCGCUGGAGGCUGGCAAGCCCGUCUACAUGCCGACACAACCGACUCUUGCGGAUGGUCUGGCUGUUCCUUGUGUUGGUGCGAAUGCGUUCGAGAUCGCCCGUAAAUACGUCGACAAGGUGGUGACUGUCUCGGAGCGCUCAAUUGCUCUGAGUGUGCUGCGUCUAGUGGAGAUGGAAAAGGUCGUGGUGGAAGGUGGAGGUGCUUCCUCGCUGGCUGCUCUGAUCGACGACAAGCUGCCAGAACUCAAGGGCAAGCGCGUUGUGUUGCCUUUGACUGGUGGUAACAUUGAUACUCCAGUGCUUGGUCGUGUUAUUGACCGUGGUUUGGCUGCUGAUGGACGUCUCGUGCGCUUCGUGGCCACUGUGAGCGACCGUCCGGGUGGUAUCGCCCAGCUCACAUGCUUCCUACGUGACUUCGGUGUUAGUGUCAAGGACAUUUACCACGAACGUGCCUGGGUGCACGCCAGUAUCUCUCAUGUGGCCGUCAAGUGUGUUGUCGAGACACAGUCCAGUGAACAUGCUCUUGCGCUCAAGAAGCGCCUCGAGGAGGAUGGCUACCCUCUUAUCUGGGAGAGUUUUGCCGGUCAACAGACCCCCGCCGUUGAGCUCUAA